AUGGAACCGCCAAUGCUGAAUCGACAAGAAAGUUUAGAGUUCAAAGAUGCCGUCAUUGAUGAGAAAUGGUUGCGAUCGGCGGCGAAUAGAAAAGGGCAUUUGGCGAGUGCAGAUCACCAGAAAAAGAAAUCUGGUUGGUUUGGUCCGAAAAAAUCGGCGGAUGAAGAACUAUUGGAACGUGUGGAGAAGCACGAAAUUGAAGAGUUGCAAACAUUCAUCGCCCAAAAACUGUUUCGUGUUGAUGGAAUCAUUUGCGAUGAGCAAACUAGAAUUUUAUUGAUCGAAAAAUUGAUAAACGCCAGGGAUUAUCCAGAGGUCUCCAAUGAUGAAUUCAUCUACAGAUAUGGGUAACUAUUUUUGCUUUCUCGAUAGAACGAAAUUAACAUUUUUAUUUUUAGAAGUUCGAUGGCCGGUUGGCUCCGCGAUAAACUUGUUCCAACAAUGGCCGAUUGCAGUUCUGUUUUGAAGCGUGCAGCUGCCGAAUUCUACAAGAAUAAAAUGUCAGAUCCACUUUCAAAUUGGGGUCAAAUGAAUCCUGAACACGUUGCGAUGGUUGCUGGAAGAAUUUCAAAGUUUUCCGAAGAAAUGGCCAAUAAAGUCAAAUGGUCUUUGCUCGUUGAACCAGGAAAGUUCAGCUGUCAUUUGACCGAAUUUGUGCAAGAAUUCAAUCGACUUGACAGAAUGUUCAUCACAAAUGAUUUAUCAUCUGAAGAAGUUUCACAGACAGCAUUUAAUGCAAAUUAUUUAACAAAAGCAAGAAGUAAAAUGAUUCCAUGUGCUGAUUUCAGUCGAGUUAAACUAACAGAUGGUUUGGGAACAGUUGAUGAUCGAAAUGCAAUUAUUCGAGAAAUGUUUGAUGAUGAACACGAAUUCGAACAACAUCUCACUAAUGUUCACAAAUCAUAGUAUGUUUAUUUUACUUGAAACGAAUUUCUAAAUAUAUUUAUUUAUUUGUUUGUUUCAGCGGGACAACUGAUUUCAUUCAUGCCAAUUAUGUUCGCGGUGGUCCACUUCUCAAUACUUUUAUUUGUGCUCAAGCACCAAUGAAAAAUACCCAAGAAGAUUUUUGGCGCAUGGUUUUCCAAGAGAAAUGCAAAUUCAUUGUUAUGCUUAAUUCGGCUGUUGAUUCAAGCACUUUGGGACCAUUGGAUUCAUCGCCUCGAAACUAUUGUCCAUAUUAUUGGCCGAAAUCCGAAAAACAAACUUUGAUUUUCGGAGCAUUUCGAAUAACUUGUAUUAGUGUUGAUGCAAAAGCUGAUCCUUUGUUUACAAUUACCAAACUUGUGAGUUCCCAUUAACUGUAAAUCUGAAAACUUAUGAAAAAAUUCAGAAAAUCUCUAAAACAACUUCUGAUUUCAACGACGAAGACGACGAAUUCACAUUAGAACAUUGGCAAUGGGAUUGGCAAUAUUUGGGAGAUGUUCAUUGGCCAUUUAGAGUUUUGAGAAAGUAAGUUCGUUGGAAAAGUUGAAAAAUUAAGUAGCAAAAUUCUGGAAUUAUAGGGCUCGUCAAAUGUCAACUCCGACAAUUGUUCAAUGUAUGGAUGGAUGUGGAAAAGCUGGAACUUUGGUUGCAAUUGAGGCAGCAUUGAUGCAUUUUGUCAGAGGUAAGACAUUUUUGAAAUAGGCAAAUUUGUCACGUGUUUGCUCUGUCUGUCCAAUUUUGAAAAUUUUAAGUUUGUUUCCAUACCAAAAUUACAUUGUUUUCUGUUAGAAUCGGCGACUAUUGAUUUUAAAGACAAAAUUAAUCCAAGCCAAAAAUUUGCAGGUUCGCCAAUCAGCAAAUCCUUGAUUCUUCAAUCGUGUGUUUUCGUCCGUCUUCAACGUCGUCUUUCAGUUUCUUCAGCUCUCUAUUAUCUCUUUAUUUACCGUACAAUUCUUCGUUGGAUCGAACCAUACGUGUCAAAAUUCUACGAUCGAUGCGCUUUUGGUCUUCGCUUCAAAUCGAUUGGUUUCAUUCCAAAAUAUAAUGGAAUGAUUCAAGAAUUUAGUCGAAUUACACCUCCUUAUUAG